AAGAAUUCGGUGAAUUGUACCUCAUCACUACUUUGAAGCAUUUCUUUAUACCCUCUUACAAAACCAUUAUCACAAAGAAAUUCACUAAUGGCUUUCUUUGGAACCACCUUGGCAACCACUAUGCUUCUUUUCGCAUUUCUAGUCAUUGCCUCCGCUACUGACUACGGAUAUGGAUAUGGUCCAACACCAGAGUUUGAGAAUUUUGAAUCCAAAACCAAUUACAAACCACAACCUACAAAACCAGAUUAUACAGCUGAACUCAAAAUUGAUUACAAAUCACAACCUACAAAACCAGAUUAUUCAGUAUCCGAACCCAAAACCGAUUACAAACCACAGCCUACAAAACCAGAUUAUGCAGUGCCCAAACCCAACACUGAUUACAAUCCACACCUUACAAAACCAGAUUACUCAGUGCCUGAACCAAAGACUGAUUACAAACCACAACCCACAAAACCAGAUUAUGCAGUGCCCGAACCCAAAUCUGAUGAUUACAAACCACACCCUACAAAACCAUAUUAUGCAGCUCCCGAACAAAAAGGAAAAGAUGAACUGCAACUGCUUCCCACAAUCAUUGGUGUCCAAGGAGUUGUUUUAUGUAAAUCAGGCUCAAAUUAUUUCCCAAUUCAAGGAGCUGUGGCACGAGUUACAUGUGGCUAUGAGGAUGAGCGUGGGUACGAGACAGGUCCUAUAUCAGUAUUGAGUCAUGUAACAGAUAGUAAAGGUUAUUUCUUUAGCACAUUGUCACUUGCGGAGCUUGGAUCUAACUUGAAGCUCACUGAAUGCAAGGCAUACCUAGAGAGUUCUCCUUUGGAGACAUGUAAAAUUCCCACCGAUGUGAACUAUGGGAUCAGUGGUGCUCGCCUUUCUUCUUAUCGCCUUCUUCACAAUAACCUGAAAUUGUACACUGUGGGACCUUUCUUCUGCACCUCGCAAUCUGCACCAGCCCCUAACGGUUAUUAAACCACCUUCUACAUGACAUCCAUUCAAAUGGCUUCAAAUUGGAAAUCAUUUUUUUUAUUCAAUGUGUUUUUCGUUUUGUGAUGCAUGUUUUGCUAUGUGUUGAUUUCAUAUGUAAUUCGUUGGUAGGAGGAAAUGGAAUUCAUAAAUCGCCUCCUUUCCCUUAAGAGAUUUGUGUCAAGUUUUAAUGCGUU